GUUUGUCAAGAGAAUUUUCUAUCCAAACUAUCAUUUAUGGAUUAUUGGGAGUCUUAGCUUUUAUUUAUCUAGUAUUGCUCCCAGUAUCUGGAGGUAAGAAACAGAGUGUUCUUGUAGUGAGCUUCUGCAAUGGCCAGCCACUAAAAUAAGCAUGUUUACUAAACUGUCAAUUUAAUUGUCUUUAUAUUUUUCCAAUUCAGCCCAGAAAACCGCGGAAGUAAAGUUCAUCGAUGUAAUUCUGGGCGUGGUGGAUCAGAUGAGUGGAGUGACAAACUAUUUUGCCCCCUCAACGGUUUUAUCUAUAGUUGUGCCGCGCAACCGCAAUGAUUCCUACUUUUACUGUGGAAAUGCUGUUACUAUCUUCCCUUUAUCAUAACCUGUUUACAAACUCUAAAGGCAAUUUCAAUCCUAAACCUGUGCGUUUCUUUUCCUCUGCAAAGAACGACUGGCGGGUCCCAUGCAAUCAUUUAAACGAGGCGCUGCGGUUUCAUUGGCCAGAAGCUGCUGCUCAUUGAUUGGCUCCCUGGUGUUGUGGGCGGAGCGCGGAGGUGCCCAUUGGCGGAGGCGAAAAAUUUAAACGGAGGCAAAAGGCAGGUCUAGUUUUGCUCCGUGACUUGAGUUUGCGAGUUUGUGGGGUUGGUACCCUUUUUAUUUCUAGGGUGUCGGCUUCUGGAAAGCAAAGCGGGGUAAAUUCGCUCCGACCAUUUCCACGGCCGCGCGGUGAAGCGGUCAGCGUCGGUCGGAGGUCCCUGCUCCGGAGCAGCCUGGUAGAGGGUAGGGAAGGAGGCCGGGUCGGGGUCUGAGGCUGCCAUGGCGAACCGGCGAGUGGGGCGAACCUGCUGGGAGCUGAGCCCUACGGAACGCCGGCCGCCGGCGGGGCGGCGGGAACCAGCGGCCCAGGAGGAGGCGGCUUCCCCGCCGACGCUGUCUCUCAGCCACUUCUGCAGGUCCCCUUUCCUCUGCUUCGGAGAUGUCCGCCUGGGCGCCUCGCGGACGCUGCCCCUGGUCCUGCACAACCCUAACGAGGAGGUGGCUGAGGUGGAGAUCUCGCACUUCCCGGCCGCGGACCUGGGCUUCAGCGUGUCUCAGCGUUGUUUCGUGUUGCAGCCUAAAGAAAAACUAGUUAUUUCUGUUAACUGGACACCAUUGAAAGAAGGCCGAAUAAGAGAGAUUGUGACAUUUCUUGUAAAUGAUGUUCUGAAACACCAAGCCAUAUUGCUAGGAAAUGCAGAAGAGCAGAAAAAGAAAAAGAGGAGUCUUUGGAAUACCAUUAAUAAAAAGAAAAAUUCAGCCUCUUCAAGUUAUAACAAAAAGAUUUCAAAUGAUCAAAAUGUUAACAAAACAUUUUGUGUUUCUCAAAAAGUUGACAGGAUUAGGAGCCCACUACAGGCAUGUGAAAAUCUGGCUAUUAAUGAAGCCUGUUCUCCAACAGAAAAUAGUUCUUUAACCCUUGAAGAACAUAAAAUACCUAUAUCACCUAUUAGCCCUGCUUUCCAAGAAUGUCAUGGUGAAAUUUGCUUGCCACUUUCUGUACGUCGGUCUACUACCUACUCAUCUCUUCUUGCAUGUGAAAAUGAGGAACAGUUAAAAGUAGAAGAUGCCACCAUUUCAAAAGAUUUUAAUUUUAAUGAGGAAGUCAUAACUAAAACUUCCUUUCAAAGUGAGGAGAAUAGUAAACUUAUUCUGACCCCAAACUGUUCUUCAACUUUGAACAUUAUGCAAAGUCAAGCAAAUUUUCUAAGUCCAGAUUCUUUUGUAAAUAAUAGUCAUACAGCUAAUAAUGAAGUAGGGUUAACGUCAUUUCUUUCACCAGAUACACUUAAAAAAGAUAAUUCAGAGUCUGUGAAUUUGGAAUCCAAAAGUAUACAUGAAAUUUACAGAACAAUUUUAAGUCCAGAUUCUUUUGUAAAUGAUAAUUAUGGAGCAAAUCAGGAUCUAGAGUCAGAUUCAGUUAAUCCUGUUUUAUCCCCAAAUCAAUUUGUAAAAGAUAACAUGGCACAUAUAUAUACCUCUCAGCAAACAUGUAAAAUAUUAUCAUUAUCAAAUGAAAAUUCUCAGAUUGCCAGGUCUCCUCAGCAGUGGAGAAAAAAUGAAGUUUUGCCAUGUAGUCCUGAAUAUCAGGGUUCAAAAACACCCAAGCCUAAUUUUGAAGAACUAAAUCCUAUAGAAGUGAAGUCAAGUUACUACAAUUUUAGAAAACAAAUUCACCCUAAAUUUUCUGCAAUUCAGGAUGUUUCUCGUUAUAGCCAUAAUAAGCAACAUAAGAGACGCCCCAUACUUUCUAACACAGUUAUUAAAAGGAAGACCACCAUUGCCAGAGAAAAUCAAGCUGAGAUUAAUAAACCAAAAGCAAAAAGAUGCCUCAACAGUAGAGUAGGUGAAUGUGAAAAAGUAAUAGAUCACCCCAAAGAAACAGAAGCUUUACAUUCUCAUCUUCCAAUUAUCGAUUCAGUAUUAAGUAAACCUAAGUGUUAUAAAAGUGAAGUAACUAAUUCAACGACAGCUUUAGUUGCUUGUAAAAGAAAAAGUGAUGGAAACAUGGAAGAUACAAAUGUGAAGGUUGCUAUUAUAGAACAUAUGGAUAUACCCCAAAUCAAAAGAAUCCACUUUUCUCCCUUGGAAUCGAAAACAUCAACUGUUAAAAAAAUAAAGAUGACAACACCAAUCUCAAAACGUACUAGCAACAGAGAGAAAUUAAGCCUUAAGAAGAAAACUGAUUCAAUGGCAUUCAAAACGCCUAUUUCUAAAACAAACAAAAGGAUAAAACCCAUUGUUGCUGUGGCACAGUCUAAUUUAACCUUCAUAAAACCAUUAAAAGCAGAUAUUCCUAGACACCCAAUGCCAUUUGCUGCAAAAAACAUGUUUUAUGAUGAGCGCUGGAAGGAAAAACAGGAACAAGGAUUCACUUGGUGGCUAAAUUUUAUAUUAACUCCGGAUGACUUCACUGUAAAAACAAGUAUUUCUGAAGUAAAUGCUGCUACUCUUCUUUUGGGAGCGGAGAGUCAACAUAAAAUAAGUGUUCCUAGAGUGCCUACAAAAGAUGAAAUGUCUCUCAGAGCUUAUACUGCACGGUGCAGGUUGAAUAGAUUACGCCGCACAGCAUGCUGUUUAUUUACAUCUGAAAAAAUGGUUAAAGCUAUUAAAAAGCUUGAAAUUGAAAUUGAAAAUAGGCGGUUAAUUGUUCGAAAAGAUAGACACCUCUGGAAAGAUAUUGGAGAACGUCAGAAAGUCUUGAACUGGCUAUUAUCCUAUAAUCCUUUGUGGCUUCGAAUUGGCCUAGAGACAAUUUAUGGUGAACUCAUAUCUUUGGAAGACAAUAGUGAUGUCACAGGGUUGGCUAUGUUUAUUCUGAAUCGCUUGCUUUGGAAUCCUGAUAUAGCAGCUGAAUAUAGACACCCUACUGUUCCUCAUUUAUACAGAGAUGGUCAUGAAGAAGCUUUGUCCAAGUUCACAUUGAAAAAGUUAUUGUUGUUGGUCUGUUUCCUUGAUCAUGCUAAGCUUUCCAGACUUAUUGAUCAUGAUCCUUGUCUCUUCUGUAAAGAUGCCGAAUUCAAGGCUAGUAAAGAAAUCCUUCUGGCUUUUUCACGAGAUUUCCUAAGUGGUGAAGGUGAUCUCUCCCGUCACCUUGGCUUUUUGGGAUUGCCUGUUAGCCAUGUUCAGACACCAUUUGAUGAAUUUGAUUUUUCUGUUACAAAUCUUGCUGUAGAUUUGCAGUGUGGAGUGCGUCUUGUGCGAACUAUGGAACUUCUCACACACAACUGGAAUCUUUCAAAGAAACUCAGGAUUCCUGCAAUAAGUCGUCUUCAAAAAAUGCACAAUGUUGACAUUGUUCUUCAAAUUCUUAAAUCACGAGGAAUUCAAUUAAGUGAUGAACAUGGAAAUUCAAUCCUAUCUAAGGAUAUUGUGGAUAGGCACAGAGAAAAGACUCUUGCAUUGCUUUGGAAAAUUGUAUUUGCUUUUCAGGUGGAUAUUUCCCUUAAUUUAGAGCAAUUAAAGGAAGAAAUUCACUUUCUAAAAUACACACACAGUAUAAAGAAAUCAUUGUCUGCAGUGUCGUGCCGCUCUGAUGCUAUUAUUAAUAAGAAAAAAGACAAAAGAAAUAGUGGUUUCUUUGAACAGUAUAGUGAAAAUGUGAAAUUAUUGAUGGACUGGGUAAAUGCAGUUUGUGCCUUCUAUAAUAAGAAGGUAGAGAAUUUUACAGUGUCUUUCUCAGAUGGCCGUGUGUUAUGUUACCUUAUCCAUCACUACCAUCCUUGCUAUGUGCCUUUUGAUGCUAUUUGUCAGCGUACUACUCAAACUGUGGAAUGCACACAAACUGGUUCAGUGGUAUUAAAUUCUUCCUCUGAAUCCGAUGACAGUACUCUGGACAUAUCUCUUAAAUCAUUUGAUCCUGAAAAUACUUCAGAACUCCACAAAGAACUUCUGGAAAAUGAAAAGAAAAAUUUUUAUUUGGUCAGGUCUGCAGUUAGAGACCUUGGUGGAAUACCUGCUAUGAUUCAUCAUUCAGAUAUGUCAAAUACAAUUCCAGAUGAAAAGGUGGUUAUUACCUAUUUGUCAUUUCUUUGUGCAAGGCUUUUAGAUCUUCGUAAAGAAAUAAGAGCUGCUCGACUUAUACAGACAGCAUGGAGAAAAUAUAAAAUAAAAACAGAACUAAAGCUCUAUAAGGAGAGAGACAAAGCUGCAAGAAUUAUUCAGUCAGCUGUAAUAAAUUUUCUAACCAAACAACGAGUGAAAAGAAAGAUUAAUGCAACACUGGUCAUUCAGAAAUAUUGGAGAAGAGUCUUAGCACAAAGAAAAUUAUUAAUGUUAAAAAAGGAAAAACUGGAAAAUGUACAGAAUAAAGCAGCAACGGUCAUUCAGGGGUAUUGGAGAAGAUAUUCCACUAGAAAAAGAUUUCUGAAAUUGAAAUAUUAUUCAGUCAUCCUGCAAUCUAGAAUAAGAAUGAUAAUUGCUGUUAAAUCUUAUAAACGAUAUCUUUGGGCCACAAUUAUAAUUCAAAGGCAUUGGCGUGCUAGUUUAAGAAGAAAACAAGAUCAACAAAGAUAUAAAAGGUUAAAAUCAUCAUGCCUUAUAAUCCAAUCUAUGUUCAGAAGAUGGAAGCAACGUAAAAUGCAAUUACAAAUAAAAGCUGCAGUAAUAUUGCAAAGAGCUUUUAGAGAAUGGCAUUCUAGGAGAAAAGCUAAAGAAAAGUCUGCUAUUGUCAUACAAUCAUGGUAUAGAAGGCACAGAGAAUUACAGAAAUAUAUUUAUAUUAGAUCUUGUAUUGUUAUUAUUCAGAGAAGAUUUCGGUGCUUUCAAGCCCAAAAGUUAUAUAAAAGAAAGAAAGAAUCUGUACUGACUAUCCAGAAGUACUACAAAGCAUAUCUUAAAGGAAAGAUUGAGCGCACCAACUACUUACAGAAACGAGCUGCAGCCAUUCAACUACAGGCAGCUUUCAGGAGAAUGAAGGCUCGGAAUUUAUACAGACAAAUUAGAGCUGCUUAUGUUUUGCAAUCAUAUUGGAGAAUGCGACAGGACAAAUUUAGAUUUUUAAACCUUAAGAAGAUUGUUAUCAGAUUGCAGGCACACAUAAGAAAACAUCAGCAAUUACGAAAAUAUAAGAGGAUGAAGAAAGCAGCCAUUAUAAUUCAGACUCAUUUCCGAGCUUACAUUUCAGCCAGGAAAGUUCUAGCAACUUAUCAGAGAACACGUUCUGCUGUCAUUGUUCUACAGUCUGCAUAUAGAGGGAUGCAAGCCAGGAAAACAUUUAUUCAUAUCUUAACAUCUAUUAUAAAGAUUCAGUCAUAUUAUCGUGCUUAUAUUUCCAGAAAGAAAUUUGUGAGUCUAAAAAAUGCUACAAUAAAGUUGCAGUCAGUUGUCAAGAUGAAACAAGCACGUAAACAAUAUUUACUUCUAAGAGAAGCUGUACUAUUAAUCCAGCAAUGGUACCGUACACAAAAAAUGGCUGCACGAAAGAGAGAAGAAUAUGUGCAGAUACGUGAAUCUUGUAUCAAAUUGCAAGCUUUUGUUAGAGGAUACCUGGUCAGAAAGCAGAUAAGAUUGCAAAGAAAAGCUGCCGUUUCGCUGCAAUCUUAUUUCAGAAUGAGAAGGAUACGGCAGCACUACCUGAAAACUUAUAAAGCAGUUGUUGUCAUUCAGAAUUACUAUCGUGCAUACAAAGUACAAGUCAAUCAGAGGAAGAACUUCUUGCAAGUCAAAAGAGCAGCUACUUGUUUGCAAGCAGUCUACAGAGGUUACAAAGUUCGCCGACUAUUGAAACAACAAUCUCUAGCGGCUCUUAAAAUUCAAACUGCUUUUAGAGGCUACAGUAAAAGAAUAAAAUAUCAAUCUGUUCUUUGGUCGGUAAUGAAAAUUCAGAGAUGGUACAGGGCACACAAAUCUGCUUAUGAUAUAAGAACACAUUUUUUAAAGAAAAGAGCAGCUGUGAUUUCUCUUCAGUCUGCUUAUCGAGGCUGGAAAGUCCGGCAGCAGAUCAGAAGGGAACAUCAAGCUGCAAUCAAGAUUCAGUCUACUUUUAGAAUGAACAAGGCCCAGAAGCAAUUCAGAUUGUUAAAAUCAGCAGCGUUAAUCAUCCAGCAACAUCUAAGAGCAUGGACUAUAGGAAAGAAACAACGUAUGGAGUAUGUUGAACUCCAUCAUGCAGUACUGGUGCUUCAGUCUGCAUGGAAAGGAAGAACCCUGAGAAGACAAAUUCAAAGGAAGCACAAAUGUGCGGCAAUCAUACAGUCAUACUAUAGAAUGCAUGUGCAACAAAAGAGGUGGAGACUCAUGAGAAAAGCUGCUCUUUUGAUUCAAAUGUAUUAUAGAGCUUACAGAAUUGGGAGAGAACAACAUCGUUUGUAUUUGAAAACAAAAAUGGCUGUGCUAGUUUUACAGUCAGCUUACCGUGGUAUGAAAGUGAGAAAAAGAAUAAAGAAAUUCAGCAAAGCAGCAAUCACUAUACAAUCUAAAUAUAGAGCUUACAGAGCCCAAAAGAAAUAUGCAAUCUACAGAGCUUCAGCUAUCAUAAUUCAGAGGUGGUAUCGAGAUAUCAAAAUUACAAACCAUCAACAAAAGGAGUAUCUUAAUUUAAAGAAGACAGCAAUUAAAAUCCAAGCUGUUUAUAGAGGUAUUAGAGUAAGAAGACAUAUUCAACACAUGCACAUUGCAGCCACUUUAAUUAAAGCCAUGUUUAAAAUGUAUCAGUCAAGAGUAAGAUACCAUGCAAUGAGAAGAGCAGCUGUUGCAAUUCAAGUAAGAUACAGAGCAUAUUGUCAAGGUAAAAUUCAGCGUGAAAAGUACCUGGCAACUUUAAAGGCUGUUAAUACUCUUCAGGCAAGUUUUAGAGGAGCAAGAGUUAGACAAACUCUAAGAAAGAUGCAGGUUGCAGCAACACUUAUUCAGUCAUGCUAUAGAAGAUACAGGCAGCAAAUGUAUUUUAAUAAGUUAAAGAAGGCAACAAAAAUAGUACAGCAAAGAUACAGAGCAGUGAAGGCAAGAAACAAACAAUUUCAGAGGUAUAACCAAUUGAGGCAUUCUGCAGUACGCCUUCAGGCUACUUUUAGGGGCAUGAAAACUAGGAGACUUUUAAAAGUUAUGCAUUUAGCUGCCACCCUUAUUCAGAGGAGAUUUAGAACUGUGAUGAUGAGAAGAAAAUUCCUUUCUCUCAGGAAAACUGUUAUUUGGAUUCAGAGAACAUAUCGUGCAAAACUUUGUGGAAAGAAGCAUCACUUACAAGUCCUUCAGUUACGAAAGGCAGUUAUUAAGAUCCAGUCAUCAUACAGAGGGUGGGUGGUAAGGAGACAAAUGCAAGAAAUGCAGAGGGCUGCUGUUCUCAUUCAGGCGACUUUCAGAAUGCACAGAACAUUUGUUUCAUUUCAGACUAAGAAACGUGCCUCAAUUAUAAUUCAACAACAUUAUAGAACAUACAGAGCUGCAAAAUUGCAAAGAGAAAAUUUUAUCAGACAAUGGGAUUCUGCAGUGGUCAUUCAAGCUGCAUAUAAAGGAAUGAAAACAAGACAGCUUUUAAGGGAAAAACACAGAGCUGCUAUUAGAAUACAAAGCACAUACAAAAUGUGUAAGCAAUAUUGUUUCUACCAAAAGCUCCGGUGGGCUACAAAAGUGUUACAAGACAGAUAUCGAGCAAAUAAAAAGAAACAAAAAGCUCUUCAACCCAAUAUGUGUAAAGAAGAAACAAAUAGCAUUCAAGCAAGUUUUCAGGACAUCAACAUAAGGAAACAAACUCAGAAACAGCAUGAAGCUGCCAUUAUUAUUCAGAAGCAUUUCAAAGCUUUUCUCACAAGGAGACGUUAUCUCCACUUUAGAGCAACAGUAAUUUCUGUUCAAAGAAGAUACAGAGCAUUAACUGCAACAAGAACCCAAACAGUUACUUCUGUACAGUCUUCUUACAGAGGCUUUAAGGAAGGAGAGUAUCAUUCUCAAAGUGGGACUAUAGUAAUGAUUCAAAGAGAUCUUUGUGAUACAGUCACAAGAAAACUGGAAAUGCAGAAAUGUGCUGCCCUCCAAAUUCAGUCCUUCCUUCUGAUGGCUGUGUUUCGGAGAAGAUUUGUUCAGCAGAAAAGAGCUGCUGUCGCUUUACAGCGUUAUAUCAGGACAUGGCAAACCAGAAAGCAGUUUUUACUAUAUAGAAAAGCAGCGGUCAUUUUACAAAAUCACUACAGAGCCCGUCUAUCUGCAAAACACCAAAGACAAGUCUAUUUGCAAAUCAGGAGGAGUGUUAUUAUAAUUCAAGCUAGAAUCAAAGGAUUUAUACAGAAACAGAAGUUUUAUAAAAUUAAAAGCAGCACCAUAAAAAUUCAGGCUAUAUGGAGAAGAUAUAAAGCUAAGAAAUAUUUAUGUAAAGUGAGAGCUGCCUGCAAGAUUCAAGCCUGGUAUAGGUGUUGGAGAGCACGCAAUGAAUAUUUAGCUGUAUUAAAAGCUGUUGAAAUUAUUCAAGGUUGCUUCUAUGCCAAACGGGAGAGAACACGGUUUUUGAAGAUGAGAGCAUCAACAAUUAUCAUUCAGAGAAAAUGGAGAGCUAUACUUUCUGUUAGAAUGGCUCAUGAGCACUUAAUGGCAAAAAAACAUCGUGCUGCUUGUCUGAUCCAAGCACAUUUUAGAGGACAUAAAAGAAGACAGCUCUUUCUUCAGCAGAAAUCUGCUGUUUUGAUCAUACAAAGACAUAUACGAGCCUGGGAGGCUGGGAAAUGUGAAAGAAUAAAAUAUCUUGAAUUAAAAAAGUCUACAGUUAUUCUACAAGCACUAGUGCGUGGCUGGUUAGAAAGGAGAAAAAUUUUAGAACAAAGAGCCAAAGCUCGGCUCCUUCACUUCACAGCAGCUGCAUAUUAUCACCUGUCUGCUCUUAGAAUUCAAAGAGCAUAUAAAGUUCACAUGGCUAUGAAGAAUGCUAACAAACGGGUUAAUUCAGCCAUUUGUAUUCAGGUCAGUUUGUCUUUUGCAGAAAAAAGAUUUAUUGAGAAAUAUUAUAGCAUCAUAAAAAUUGAGCAUGAAGUUCAAGAAUGUAUGAACCAGAAAAAUAGGGCUGCAUCAGUAAUACAGAAAGCAGUACGUCACUUUCUCCUUCGCAAAAGACAGGAAAAAUUUAAUAGUAGAAUCACUAAACUUCAGGCAUUAUGGAGAGGCUACUCUUGGAGGAAGAAACAUGAUUGUACAAAAAUUAAAGCUAUACGGUUAAGUCUUCAGAUGGUUAAUAGGGAGAUUAGAGAAGAAGAUAAACUCUACAAAAGAACCACACUUGCACUUCAUUAUCUUUUAACGUAUAAGCACCUUUCUGCCAUUCUUGAGGCCCUAAAACACCUCGAGGUUGUUACCAGAUUAUCUCCACGUUGUUGUGAGAACAUGGCUGAGAGUGGAGCAAUUUCUAAAAUAUUUGUUUUAAUCCGAAGUUGUAAUCGUAGUGUUCCUUGUAUGGAGGUCAUCAGAUAUGCUAUACAAGUUUUGCUUAAUGUAGCUAAGUAUGAGAAAACUACUUCAGCAGUUUAUGAUGUAGAAAACUGUAUACACACAUUGUUGGAGCUUUUGCAGAUGUACCGAGAAAAGCCUGGUGACAAAGUUGCAGACAAGGGUGGAAGCAUUUUCACAAAAACUUGUUGUUUGUUGGCUGUUUUGUUGAAGACAACAAACAGAGCCUCUGAUGUACGAAGUAGUCCCAAAGUUGUUGACCGCAUUUAUAGAAGAAUGACAAUGAGCGAACAGAUUAAUGAACUUAAGCCGGAUUGGGUUUUAAGAAGAGAUAGUAUAGAAGAAAUCACAAAUUCUCUGCAAGCUAUUCAAAUGGUGAUGGAUACACUUGGCAUUCCUUAUCAGUAAAUAAAAACAUUUUCAGUGUGUACAGUAUAAAGAAAUAUUAAUGCUAAUCAUGAAUAUGUAAAGUGCUUUUUGCUUUCUAUGUACAACUUCUAAAAUCUGACUUUGUAUUAAAAAUAAAUAUGUAUAUUACAAAUAA